UUAAACUGCUGGACUGAGAGGACAACACAGACCACUACAUCAUGGUCGUGGAACGGCCCUUUCCUUGCAUGGACUUGUUUAGUUUCAUGGAGCUCCAUCAUGGAGGGAUCCUCGAUGAGCAGACUGCACGACAUGUUAUGCGCCAGGUCAUUCAUGCUGCUCAAAUUUUGUCUUCCAUCACAACAUUAAACUGGAGGACUUGCUGGUGAACCAGGACACCAUGGAGGUCAAGUUGAUUGACUUUGGGUGCGGUGCACUCAUGAAGAACACUGCCUUCUUCGAUGUCUUCAGUGGCAUAGAGCUGUACUGUCCUCCAGAGGUCGAUUUCUACGGCAGGUACAACAGUGUGGUCUCUAGGCAUCCUCCUGUUUGCAAUGGUGUGCGGAGCCAGAAGGAGACCUGUAUGAUCAAGGCAAACAUUUGGAAAAGACGUGGCCUAUCACAUGAAUGCUGCCAGAUGAUUCGUGAUUGUCUGCAGCCUUGGCAACAGCAAAGCCCCAUUCUGAAGAAGAUGCAUCUCCAUGACUGGUUUAAGGUCAUGGAGUAAGACAGAGAAGUCAGCAGACAACUCCUGUCACGACCACCCUGUUGAGUCCUGUCUUCAGUCAGUUGUGGUGAAGCAGGACGAAGCCGAGAGCUGUGGGAGCGGAGCGAGGCAGGUGGAGCGAAGACUAAUAAGUGACACCUGUGAGACGCAUCAGUUUCGAGUCCCAUGAAGGAGCUCCGGAAGGAUAUGAGUAGGAGGGACGACAGAGAAGACCACACCUGGGAGAUUUACAUUGUGUUAAUAUAUUUAUGUGACAGUCAGCCGUGAGAUGGCUGCCACUUACUUUCUUUUUGUGCCUGUUACAGUCAGCUUUGUGUCUGGCAGGUUGACAUGACUGGCCUUUUUAGACCUCAGUGUCUAGUAGGGCCGGAAAGCCCAAGGCGUAUGUAUUUUGAAGCUGUAUUUGUGUCUGAUGAUGUGAUAUUGGUGAUCUAAAUCCUGUUUAAAGAGAUUUUUUUUUUUAACUAAACAAGAUGUUUAGAAGUUUAUACUAAAAAUGUACAUUUUAUGACAAUGGAUUGUUAAAAUUUGACUGUUUACUGACUUAAUGCACUUCUAAAUACACAACUUAACAGUACACUUGUCAUAGUUUAUUUAUUUAUUUUUUUGAUACAUCAUAAUUUUAUAUUUAUUGU